AUGGACCGGUUCAGAAGCUUACUCGGUGGCGGGAACUUGAGCUUGGGAGGUCCGGCCCCGGGGACGGACAACACAAAUCUGAUCGACAACUCAGAGACCGUCUACAUCUCGUCACUUGCCUUGCUCAAGAUGCUCCGCCACGGUCGCGCCGGUGUGCCCAUGGAAGUCAUGGGUCUAAUGCUCGGCGAGUUUGUCGACGAUUUUACCGUUCGCGUUGUGGACGUCUUUGCGAUGCCCCAAAGCGGGACAGGCGUUAGUGUAGAAGCCGUCGACCCAGUCUUCCAGAUGAAGAUGAUGGACAUGCUACGGCAAACCGGCAGACCCGAGUCCGUCGUCGGUUGGUACCAUUCCCAUCCAGGUUUCGGCUGCUGGCUGUCUUCUGUCGACAUCAACACCCAACAGAGCUUCGAGCAACUGACACCGCGUGCCGUCGCCGUCGUCGUCGAUCCCAUCCAGUCGGUCAAGGGCAAGGUCGUCAUUGACGCGUUUCGUCUGAUCAAUCCUCAGUCCCUCAUGAUGGGCCAGGAGCCGCGCCAGAGCACCUCAAACGUUGGGCACCUGAACAAGCCCUCGAUCCAGGCCCUUAUUCACGGCCUCAACCGGCACUACUACUCGAUCGGCAUCAACUACCGGAAGACAGCGCUGGAGGAGAACAUGCUAAUGAAUCUUCACAAGCAUGUGUGGACUGAGGCCCUGCAGAUGGAGGACUUCAGGACUGAGGGCCAGCGGACCAAGGAGCGCCUCGAGCGCUUGGUCAGCCUCGCCGAGGGUUAUGAGAAGAGGGUCAAGGAGGAAACGGAGUUGACAAAGGAGCAACUGAAGACACGCUACGUCGGCAAAUUAGACCCCAAGAAGCACUUGGAAGAUGUCGGCCAACAGCUGAUCGAGGACAAUAUUGUUGCCGUGUCAAGGCAAAUGAUUGACAAGGAGGCAACCAUGGCACGAAAAGAUGGGACUACGGGAGCUAAUGGCCAACCCAACGGUGACCAGAUGGAUAUAGAGGAGGAAGAGCUCUGA